UACAUCCGCAGUCCAUUUAGAAUUCGUUUCUAGGCAGACAACAGACGCAUUCAUCGAAGCCUACAAGAGAUUCACCGGAAGGAGAGGCAUCCCCGAGGUUAUGUACAGUGACAACGCAACCACGUUCGUUGGCGCUUCAACAGUCCUCAACAAGCUGUACAAGCAGCCAUCUAGAGAGAAUCUACAGAUCCAGGCUGCUCUCGCCACCAACGGGACUCAAUGGAGCUUUUCACCACCGAGAGCACCCCAUUUCGGUGGCAAAUGGGAGGCAGCUGUCAAAUCAACGAAAUAUCUCAAAAGAGUACUUGGGUCGACAACAUUCACCUACGAGGAACUCAAUAGCAUCAUGAUCCAGAUAGAAGCCUGCCUCAAUACCAGGCCAAUCACAAAGAUGUGGUCCGGUGAGUGUCUUCAAAGAUACCAAACUAUCUACAAGUGGAAUCAACGACGAGAGAACAUCAAAGUUGGAGACAUGGUCCUGAUGGUAGACGAGGAGUAUCCACCAGCAAAAUGGCCAUUCGGUAUAGUAGUGGCAGUUCACCCAGGAGAUGACGGCCUCACAAGAGUUGCAACCAUCAAAACAUCAUGA